AUCCUUCUUUCAAAACUUCACCGAAAGUUGCUUCAUCAGUGCGGUGGGUGUUUCCUUUCAUCCUUACGUGUCAGCGGAGCGGUCCGUGCAGCAGUUCACUCACAGGACUUAAUCAGAAGUGAUAUCUUAGCUCGUGUAGCUAGGCAGGAGGUGGGAGCAUCACUGCAAGAGCUUUCAGUCAGUUGACUUAUGCUACCAGACGUCCGACAAGUAAUUGUCCCUGUUCACCUACUUUGCUACCGCUGAUCUCGAGUAUUUUGUGAUCCCGAUGACUUCCUCUUUCUCAACGUGGAUUUGGAGUGAGAGAUUUUGGCUUCCCGAAAAUGUUACAUGGGCGGACCUGGAGCGUCCACCACCUGGAGUGGAGUAUCCCCGUCUGAGACACGUACUGUACGCCUUGCCUCUGGCUGUCGGAGUCUUUCUCCUAAGGCUGCUUUUUGAAAGGCUAGUGGCCAAGCCCUGUGCCCACAUACUUCAGAUUCAGGCGGGAGUGCCUCGGCAAGCUCAGCCCAAUGAUGUCCUGGAGAGGGUGUAUCAGUCCAAAAUGUGUCCAGACACCAGGCGACUGGAGGGACUCUCCAAGCAGCUGGACUGGGAUGUGCGAAAAAUACAGAGAUGGUUUCGCGUCCGUCGGAACCAAGACAGGCCUAGUAUGCAGAAAAAGUUCUGUGAGAGCAUGUGGCGAUUUACAUUUUACCUGGGGAUUUUUAUCUAUGCCAUUCGCCACUUGUGGGUGUCGCCUUGGAUGUGGGACACCAGACAAUGUUGGCACAACUAUCCUUUUCAGCCUCUAAGUCCUGGACAGUACAGCUACUAUGUAGCUGAGCUGGCUUUCUAUUGGUCUCUGAUGUUUUCCCAGUUCACAGACAUUAAACGUAAGGAUUUCAUGAUCAUGCUUGUCCACCACCUGGUCACCAUAAUGCUCAUCACAUUCUCCUAUGCCAACAACAUGCUAAGAGCUGGCACUCUGGUCAUGUGUGUGCACGAUGCAUCUGACAUCUUCCUUGAGGCUGCCAAGUUGGCCAACUAUGCCAAGUACCAGAGGCUAUGCGAUGGCCUGUUUGUGGUGUUCAGCAUAAGCUUUUUCAUCACUCGACUUGUCAUCUAUCCUUUCUGGAUUGUUAACAGUGUUCUGUUUGAGAGCUGGGAGAUCGUUGGGCCUUACCAGGCUUGGUGGUUGUUAAACGGGCUGCUGUUGGUGCUGCAGGCUCUUCACAUCAUCUGGUUCUACCUCAUCGCUCGCAUUGCUAUCAAAGCCAUAUUCAAGGGAAAGGUGUCAAAAGAUGACCGCAGUGACAUCGAAAGCAGCUCAGACGAGGAGAUUUAUUCCAACUGCAGUAAAAAUCCCAGUCAGACCCUAAAACCAAAGGGCAACAGUCACACCGGUAACCUUAAUGGAGAAACUCAUGAGCACUGAGUACCAUGAGGAAUAUUUAUCUCCAGUGUGACUUUUUCUCACCACCUUUGUGCCUGUGUGACCCACCUUGUCACUUCUUUGACCCACUGAGGAGACUUUAAACUUUUUCUUGCCAAAGAUUUGCUGACCUGUUUAAAUGGAGAGAGGACUUGGAUACAGGGGAAGCCCAUACGUGGAAUACAGACUUGGCAUUGUCAUAAUGUGUCAGGUUUACGUUGUGUGAGGUUUACACCUGCUUUUUGCUUACAGGAGCUGAGAGAGAAAUCUGUGCGGUCUGUCUGCACCACGCUGUGUGUGUGCGUGUGUGUGUGUGUGUGUGAGUUCGCAAAGUUACAAAUUGCAGCAAAUGCACGUCUACACGGUUACUGUCAAAACUCAUUUUUAUACAUGUAAAUAGACUUUAUUAGUGAAACUGGUAAUAUGAUACAGCUGUAAAACAUCACUGCAUCUGCCUUACUGAAUAUAUCGCAAAUAUCUCUCUUUAAAUGCCAAGCUUAAUAAAACACUGUGUCAGAUCCAUUGAUAAUAGUGAACUGUACUGAAUAAUGAGUAAGGCUGCAAUCAUCGAUUAAUUGUUUGAGCAAUAAAAUGUCAGAAAAUAGCGAAAACAUAACAAUCACAAUUUUCUAAAAGCUGAACUUAUCAUAUUGCUUGUUUUGUCAGGCUAAGAGUUCAAACCUAAAUAUAUUUAUUUCCUCUCGUGGAAGAAAAGUCAUACAUUUUCACACCCGAGAGACUGUAACUGGUGAAUGUGCCCCACUGACAUUUUUGCUUGGAAA